CGUACUACGUCAUCGUGACGUCACAGGGACGGGCGGGCGACCAUCAAUUACCCGCAUUUACCCGCUGCGAGUACCGAGUAUGGGCGGGAAUACAGCGCCUAUCGUACGGGAGAAUCAAUACUCGUGCACAUGCUUGAGUAACUAAUAUACAUGGAAACUGUGCGCUCAUAAAUACCCGCAAUCCGCCUUUGGGACUCAAUGGACAUCGGAACAGGACUGAAAAUCUACCACCAUGCACGAGAACGAAGAGCCGUUGGGUACCCGAGGUACGGAAACGCUUGGGCGUAACACCACUUCCAAACAGGCCGGUGUGUUGACGGCACACAGGGGCCUGCGAUACGGGCAGCGUACCGACCAGGAUCGGGCUUAAUCCAGAGGAUUAAACAAUGGUACGGACAGUUCAUUUUUGUAGUUUAAGCUACUAGUGAUGCACAUAUGUAUAUAAACUGCAGUGCUGAAUGUUGUGAAGACUGAAGGGAGCAUGUCAGUGAAACAUUUUAGCUUAUGGCUCGUUGCCAUUUCUGUUGUCUUGGCGACGAACGUUACGAGAGAAGCAAGCGGUGGCCGAAUCCCAAAAAGGACUGCGAGCAUCGACAGUCUUCUACAAUCCCUGGAUAACAAACAAGUGCAGUUUGAAGGGCUGAUGAACCGGCUGGAGGAGCAGCUCAACAUCAGUAUCAACAGAACAGAUGAGAGUACUACAGCUGCAGCAGAUGGAGCGAUGCGACCCCGCUCUACCAGUCACGACAUCCGGGAGCUGCUCAACAGCCUGGCGGAGAAACAGGACCAGUUCGAGGAUCUUCUGUGGAGGCUGGAGCUUCUACUGGAUUCUGACGAAAUAGAAGACAUGCCACAAAACGUGACGUCGUCAUAUCUGAACGACACCUCUGGCUUCAUGCCCGGGAACUUAACGGAAGCGGAAGUGAGGUCAACCGGAGAGCAUGACCCCGUGACAAAGACAAUGGUAACCAUGGUGAUUUUCAUCAGUUUGAUCGUGUACGCCAUGAUCAUCAAAGGGAUUCUCUUCUGCAAGGAACUUCAGAAACACUGGUGAAAAAGUGCUGUGAUAAAUCGAUUGUUAUCAUAAGAAUUAUAACAAACCAAAUUGUUUAUCGCAUUUUUGUGUGCGGACAU